AUAUGCUUGAAUUUUUUUAUUUUGUGUGGUGGUUUGAAAACGUGAACAUUGGGUAAUUGGAGUAUUUUUUAUUUGUCAUGGAUCAAAGGUGGACAGGGUUGCCCUUGCCAGUAAUCUUCUUGUUGUUUUGGAGGAAUGCUGAUGGAUUUAAAUAUGGCUACCCCCCUCCCCCCAGCAAUUUCAAGGAAUGUGCAUUUAGUGGGACUUGUGGGACACAUUCCAAUUCCAAUCAUGGGUGGGGUCAGCCUUCUGAUGCUUUCUCACCUCCUGCAGUCCAGUCUUCCAUGUCAGAGGUCCAUGUGACUGGGAGUUUGCCUAUUGAAGAAGUGGGCUCCAGUUUGUUCCCUAAAAAAACCCUGAAAAGCAAGUCAAAGUUGAAUCCACUUCAGUUUGUGAAAGGUGGUUCCAGCAUCCAUCAUCGGUCAACGUCCCAUGCCCAAACUGCGUCAAGCAGCUCUGUCUCCACUACCUUGCCUCUGUCCCUGAAUCAACAGCCUUCAAGCUAUUUGGUAUCCUCUGGAUCAACCAUUCCAGGUGUUGCUGAUGGAUUAAGUUUGGAGAGAUAUCCAGAGAUGUCCAGUCAGUUUCAGCCCUUGGUGGUAUCUAGCCAGUCUACUAAUAGUCAAAGCUCCCCUAGUUUACAUAUGGUUAAACCUCAGAGCAGUUCAAAGUCAACAGAUGAUGCUACACCUCUGUACACUCGGGGCAGUGUUUCUUACAGAAGCUUAUCUAGCCAGUCUCAUGGCUCUGCCAAUUCUCAUGGCAACUCUGGGGCUAAGUUGUCUGCAAAUUUGGUCCCCAAACGAGUAGGGAGUGGCUAUUACAGUGGUAUGUUGCAGUCUCUCAGUACCUCUAGUCCGUAUACUCCAGGAUCCCUUAUGGCUAAAAAGCUUGAUUCUUUACCCCUGGGGGUUUCUAGCCAGUCUACAAAUGUUCAGAGUUCACCCAGUUUGUCUUCAUCAAGCACCCAGAGCAGGUCUGCAACUUCCAGAUACGUUAUCCCUGUGCAAGGAGGUAGUAGCUCUGUUAGUUUAUCUCCCAAGUCUCCAGGCACUCUGGGUCAGUAUUCUCCCAUGUCCCCUACAAAAUAUGCAAGUGCUCCAAUGUCUGCAGCUCAAGCUACCACAAACAGCAGGUCUUCCUAUAGAGCAGUUUCACAGGCUGGUUCUCUGUCUCAAAUGGGAGCUUCUGGUCAGUUUACAUCUCUGGUAGGGAAGUAUUACAGGGGGUUUCUUCCACAGUCUCAAGCCACCUCUAGUCCAUAUGCUCUUGGCCACUCCAAGCCCUUUGCCUCACCCCACAGCACUGGUGGACUAGCUGGAAGUGUCUUGAGUUCCCGUAAGCAAUAUAACUCUGGGGCUCAGUUUGGGGCAUCUACUGGUCUUGCCUCGCAGGGAAUGAGCAGCUCUAACACUGGUCCUGUCCCGUCUCAAGGUACCACAAGUCCGUUUGCCCCUGGGGCUUCCCCAUAUGCAAGUGCUUCACUCUCCUUACCCAAAGCUGGUCCAUCUUCUACUGUUCCGGCUUCUGGGAAGCAGCUUCCCUCUUACACUGGUAGCUCUGGCACCCAGGCAGGAUCCUCAACUCCAUUUAUCCUGCAUGGAAGCACUGCUUCUGGUGCAUCACAUCAUCCUCAAAAUACAGCAAGUCCGUCUGCCUUCAAGUCUCCAUCCUCCUAUACAAGUGUAUCACUGUCCUCAUCCCAAGCUGGUCCAUCUUCUACUGGUCAGGGUUCUCGGAAGCAACAUUCCUCGACAUAUAUGGGCCGCUCUGGCACCCAGGCAGGAUCAUCCAGCUUCACUCUGCAGGGAAGCACUGCUUCUGAUGGAUUACCUCAGCCUCAAGGUCCUGCUAGCCUGUUUUCCCCUGGGUCUCCAACCUCAUAUCCAGGUUCAUCACUGUCCUCAACCCAAACUGGUUCAUCUACUGUUCCAGGUUCUCUGAAGCAGCUUAUCUUUUCCUUCAUGGGCAGCCCAGAUACCCAAACGGGGUCCUCAACCCCUUUUAUCCUGCAGGGAAGCACUGCUUCUGGUGGACAACAUCAUCCUGCAGAUGCUGCAAGUUUGUCUGCUCCUGGGUCUCCGUCCUAUGCAAGUUUAUCACUGUCCUUAUCCCAAGCUGGUCCAUCUACUACUCUGGGUUCUCAGAAGCAGUUUACCUCUGCCUACCAGGGAGGCUCUGGGGCUCAGAUUGGGGCCUCAGCAGAUUUUGCCUCGCAAGAAAUGACCAGCUCUUACAGUGGUUCGCUGCAGUCUCCAGGUACAACUAACCAGUUUGCCCCUGAAUCUCCAUCCUCCUAUACAGAUUUAUCAUUCUCUUCACCCCAAGCUGGUCCAGUUACAUUUCUGGGUUUUCUUAAGCAACAUGCCUCUCCCUAUAUUGGCACCUCUGGCACUGAGGCAGGACCAUCCAGCUUCACUCUUCAGGGAAGCACUGCUUCUGGUGGAUUACAUCAGUCUCAAGAUACUGCUAGCCAGUUUUUCCCUGGGUAUCCGUCCUCGUAUCCAGGUUUAUCACUGUCCUCGCCCCAAGCUGGUCUAUCUACUAUUCUGGGUUCUCUUAAGCAGCUUUCCUUUACCUUAAUGGGCAACCCUAGCACCCAAGCAGGGUUCUCUAGUCCCUUUAGCCUGCAAGGAAGUAUCUCUUAUGAUGGAUCACCAGAGCCUCCAGGUACUGCGAGUCAAUUUGCCCCUGUUUCUCACUCAUGUCCAUGUGCAUUAUCCCCAUCUCAAGGUGUUUCCAGUCAAUCUACUAUUCAGGGCUCUCAGAAAAAGCUUGCCUCUAAUUUCGCAGGCAGCUCUGGUACCCAGGCAGGGUCCUCUACUGCUAUCCUGCAGAGAAGCACUGCUUCUGGUGGAUCAUCUCAGCCUUAAGAUACCAC